AUGUUCGUUGGCUACCUGGUCAUGGACUUCUUAGAGAAGGAGGGCACCCCUGACGAUGUCCGACGACAGAUCUAUCGGUAUUACGGCACCUUCACCUACACCAUCCUCACGAUGUUUGAGGUGAUCUUUGCCAACUGGCCCAUCCCAUGUAGAUUGUUGGUGGACUAUGUUGAUGAGUGGUUCUCCUUGUACUUCAUCAUCUACCGCUGUGUCGUGGGAGUCCUGUCAGCAAUACGGGAGAGUCCUGUCGCCAUGUUCAAGCAAGCUCAGCUAGACUUUCCUCCCUCAAUAGGUUUAUGA